ACAAAAAAAAAUUAGAGCAAUUCCCUAUUUGAUUUUUCAGAGAACUAGAGAGAAAGAGAAAUUAAGAGAAUGGAAAAAUUAAUUAUAUGUGUUCUUAUAUUGUUAAUGAAUAUGGUCACUACAGAACUCAGAGUAGAAUCUGCUGUUUGGCAGUCAGCUCAUGCAACUUUCUAUGGUGGAAGUGAUGCCUCAGGAACAAUGGGUGGUGCAUGUGGUUAUGGAAAUCUGUACACAGAUGGAUAUGGUAUAAAAUCAGCUGCAUUGAGUACUGCUUUGUUUAAUGAUGGGAAGUCAUGUGGUGGUUGCUAUCAGAUAGUUUGUGAUGCAAGGCAAGUUCCUCAAUGGUGUCUCAGAGGCACUUCCAUCACUAUUACUGCCACAAAUUUUUGUCCACCAAACUUUGCACUCCCUAAUGACAAUGGUGGUUGGUGUAAUCCCCCUAGACCUCACUUUGAUAUGUCUCAACCUGCCUUUCAGACUAUUGCCAAAUACAGAGCUGGAAUUGUUCCCAUUUUGUAUAGGAGAGUUGGGUGCAAAAGAAGUGGAAACAUAAGAUUUACUAUAAAUGGGAGAGACUAUUUUGAGUUGGUUCUUAUAAGUAACGUAGGGGGAGGUGGAGAGAUUUCAAAAGUUUGGAUAAAAGGAUCAAAAAAGAAUAAAUGGGAACCAAUGUCAAUGAAUUGGGGUGCUAAUUGGCAAAGCCUAAGCUAUCUCAAUGGUCAAAGCUUAUCAUUUAGAAUUCAACUCAAAAAUGGGAAGACUCGUACAGCUAUUAAUGUUGCACCUUCCAACUGGAGAUUUGGCCAGUCUUACAAAAGUAACGUUCAGUUCUGAACUUAAUGGGAGCAACACAUAAAUUAUACUGUAUGAUAUAAUUUUUGGUAUAAUAUUAUGAUACCACUUUUUAUUAUUGUGCAUUCUUAUAUUUUGGUCCUUUAUGUAACAUUAACAGUCAUUAGAUAUGGUGCUAAUGUCUUCUAAGGAAUUAUUCCAAGUGGUUGUUUGUGGCUCAGCAAUAUAUUUUAUUAUUUGCGAUGAAGCCCCCGCCAACUUUGGUAUAGUAAUAUUGUAUGUAAUCCGAAUCAUAUACAUAUUUAAAUAAUUUUCUGCA